AUGGAGUCUCAAUCACAUGGUCGCAGUCUCUCAGGGCUCGCGUGCGACUUGGAGCUCAAUCUUGGUAGAAUGAUCAAGGAUGUUAUCCCAGCAAAGCCAUCAACACUUCGACAAGAACAUCCGUUAGCACCUCUAGGUUUGCUUGAUACUAUGCCUGUAGAGUUGCUCUCACUUGUUCUCAACUACCUCGACUUUCAAUCACUUUCCCGCUUGUCGCGCGUCAGCUUCAGAGGCAAAAUAGUCGUGGAAAGUCUCUUGUCUUAUAAACAAGUGAUGCAGCAUGCACCAAAGGUUCUGACGGCAUUAACCAAGACCAAUCUCAUCAGCCUUUAUUCCGCGUCGCUUGUUCUUCAAACGCUACGGACAUCUCGUUGCGUUUCUUGCUUCGACUUUGGUGCUUUCCUUUACCUGCCCACGUGCGAAAGAGUGUGCCUCGAAUGCCUCUACCAGAACCGUGGACUGUGGAUGAUAACGAUAGCGACUGCUAAAAAGUGUUUCGGCUUGUCUCAACGCCAAAUCCAGACGAUUCCGAUUAUGCGCAAUAUACCUGGAACGUACUCGGUUAGAACCCUAGAGAAGACGCACCGCAGAGUCAAUCAGCUUGUUAGCGUGAGGCAUGCUAAGCAGUUGGGCCUUGACGUGCAUGGGUCGCUGGAAACGUUGGCACAGUUCAUGCCCAGCAUUGCAGGCAGAAAUGGGCGCUCGAAAUUCUACGACUUCAAACGGUAUCACGAAGCCCCCCUAGAGCCUCCAGGUUGCGACAUGUCAAAACUACCAGGGAAGGCCAACGUUGGAAACGAUCCAUUCGCCGGCGUGGCAAGCCUCCGCGCGCCGGAUGUCAAGUCACAUACAGGCAUUUCAAACAUGGGUCUCUACCUUCAGCUGUCCUUUCUCGAAUAUGUCCUCCUGAUGUAA